AUAAUGAUAGAAAAGGAGUUCUUUCGUCUCAAAAUCUGAAUAAUAUUAUUCAUUAUUUCAAUUUUUCUGGGCAUUCAUCGAAAGGAGAUAUGUGCUUCGAAUUUGACCAAUUGAGAUAUAGGUAAACAUUAUUUUUUGAUUAUUUAUCCAUUCCAAUUUUUCGUCUAUUUCUGUAUUUUUUUCUAAAUUCAUAGGUUCGAUAACUUGUAAUAGAACUGAUGCGGGAGAGAAAUAUUAGAUUACAUAGAGUCGACGAAUGAGAUAGGUUCAUUAACAAUUCAGAGAUGAAAAAAUGGAAAAAAAGAAAGCAUUCACUCCUCUUUUAUAUCUUGCAUCUAUAAUAUUUUUGCCCUGGUGGAUUUCUCUCUCAUUUCAAAAAAGUAUGGAAUCCUGGGUUACUAAUUGGUGGAAUACUAGGCAAUCCGAACCUUUUUUGAAUGAUAUUGAAGAAAAGAGUAUUCUAGAAAAAUUCAUAGAAUUAGAGGAACUCCUCUUCUUAGAGGAAAUGAUUAAGGAAUACUCGGAGACACAUCUACAAAACCUUCGUAUAGGAAUUCACAAAGAAACAAUCCAAUUAAUCAAGAUACACAACGAGGGUCGUAUUCAUACGAUUUUGCACUUCUCGACAAAUAUAAUCUGUUUCAUUAUUCUAAGUGGUUAUUCUCUUUUGGGUAAUAAAGAACUUGUUAUUCUUAACUCUUGGGUUCAGGAAUUCCUAUAUAACUUAAGUGACACAAUAAAAGCUUUUUCUCUUCUUUUAUUAACUGAUUUAUGUAUCGGAUUUCAUUCGCCCCAUGGUUGGGAACUGAUGAUUGGCUUUGUCUACAAGGAUUUUGGAUUUGUUCAUAAUGAGCAAAUUAUAUCUGGCCUUGUUUCCACUUUUCCAGUCAUUCUAGAUACAAUUUUCAAAUAUUGGAUUUUCCGUUAUUUAAAUCGCGUAUCUCCGAUCAAUGGUUGGACCAUGCAAACUAGAAAUAAUUUUUCUUGGAUAAAGGAACAGAUUACUCGAUCUAUUUCCGUAUCGCUCAUGAUAUAUAUCAUAACUCGUGCAUCCAUUUCAAAUGCAUAUCCCAUUUUUGCGCAGAAGGGCUAUGAAAAUCCACGAGAAGCGACUGGACGUAUUGUAUGCGCCAAUUGCCAUUUAGCUAAUAAACCAGUGGAUAUUGAGGUUCCGCAAACGGUACUUCCCGAUACUGUAUUUGAAGCAGUUGUUCGAAUUCCUUAUGAUAUGCAACUGAAACAAGUUCUUGCUAAUGGUAAAAAAGGGGCUUUAAAUGUGGGGGCUGUUCUUAUUUUACCAGAGGGUUUUGAAUUAGCCCCUCCCGAUCGUAUUUCCCCCGAGAUAAAAGAAAAGAUGGGCAAUCUGUCUUUUCAGAGCUAUCGCCCAAAUCAAAAAAAUAUUCUUGUCAUAGGCCCUGUUCCUGGUCAGAAAUAUAGUGAAAUCACGUUUCCUAUUCUUUCCCCGGACCCCGCUACUAAGAAAGACAUUCACUUCUUAAAAUAUCCUAUAUACGUAGGCGGAAACAGGGGAAGGGGCCAGAUUUAUCCUGACGGGAGCAAGAGUAACAAUACAGUUUAUAAUGCUACAGCAUCCGGUAUAGUAAGCAAAAUCCUACGAAAAGAAAAGGGGGGAUACGAAAUAACCAUAGCGGAUGCAUCGGAUGGACGUCAAGUGGUUGAUAUUAUCCCGCCGGGGCCAGAACUUCUUGUUUCAGAAGGCGAAUCUAUCAAAUUUGAGCAACCGUUGACAAGUAAUCCUAAUGUGGGCGGAUUUGGUCAGGGAGAUGCAGAAAUAGUACUUCAAGAUCCAUUACGUGUACAAGGCCUUUUGUUCUUCUUAGCAUCUGUUAUUUUGGCACAAAUAUUUUUGGUUCUUAAAAAGAAACAGUUCGAGAAGGUUCAAUUGUCCGAAAUGAAUUUCUAGACUCGCGGAUUUAUCGACCUCAAGUUUGUAAAAAGAACCAAAUUUUUUUUAGUAAUUAUGAUUAUCUAUGAUAAAAAAUAAAAUUCUAAAAAGCCUUUUGUUUGUUUAUACUCUUUUUCUACGAGAUGCCGGGAAUUCCUUGUACCACAUUCCUAGCCACAGUAUGUAGAUUGUGAAGAAGACUAUUUGACUUGACCCCUUCUUUCUUUGUUUUUGUUUUUUUUAUAAAAAUUUGGGGUGAUGUUAUUAUGUUGCUAUUGGCAGAUUAAAAUGUCAUAAAAUGCAUUUGAGUCUAAUACAAUGGACUUCGGCUAGAUCCUAUACAAAAGUAAACGCAAAAUAGAACGGAUAAUUGAAGGGAACAAAUAUUUCUGGGAGGGGUUAUUCGUCUUCCUAGUCUUCGACACAAGAAAGGGGUGUGAAAAAUCCUUUUCUUGUGUCGAAAUAAUAAUGAUUCUUGAUACUGUUCGUCAAACAUUCCUAGUGUUAGUUUCUAUUUUUUACAGACGUAUCAGAACGUUUUUUUAUAGUUAUUACGUAUUUUAUUUAUUCUUAUCUUAUAAUAAUUACGUAUACUAUAAAUAAAAAGUGGUGGACAAACAAAAGAGGAGGGGAAAAUCUGUUGAGUAAAUAGAACUUCUUCAAUGAACUUAUAAAAAAAAAUAUUCUAAUUAUUAAGAACUCAACGGGACCUUCUCCCUCAAAUCAGACAAACAAAGAAGGGAAUCCGUUGAGUUCUUACGCUUUCAUGUCUACAACUCAAUUCAUCCGAUUACUACAGGGAUGAACCCAAUCCGGAAUAUGAACCAUAAAAGAAAACACCUACUAAACCGAUCACAAGAAUACCAGCUACAGUACCUAUUAUCCAAAGAGGAAUUCUUCCAGUAGUAUCGGCCAUUUACCCCACUUCCCUCCACAUUUCAUCAAGUGGUCAUGCUAGAGACAUAAACAGUCAUGGAUAAUUAUGAGAUGAGAUCCUUCCGAAUGGGGUAAGAGAAAGAAUACCUAGAACGAUUAGUCUAUUAUUUUAGUUCUCUCUCCUUUUCUUAAUUGAAGAAAUAAUUGGAAAAUAAAACAGCAAGUACAAAAAUGAGUAAUAACCCCCAGUAGAGGCUGGUACGAUUCAAUUCAACAUUUUGUUCGUUUGGGUUUGAUUGUGUCGUAGCUCUAUAAUUCGGAUUAGGUUUAUCGUUGUAUGAACUGCAUUGCUGAUAUUGACCCCAAAAAAGAAACGGUAGGUACAGCUAGGCCGUGAACAGUCAACCAUCGCACUGUAAAAAUUGGAUAGGUUCGAUCUAUGGUCAUUGAAGCCUCCUAAAAAGAUCUACUAAAUUCAUCGAGUUGUUCCAAAGAAUCAAAACGGCCGGUGAUUAAUGGAAUUCCUUGUCGGUUUUCUGUGAAAUACUCGUUUGGCCGAGGGCUUCCAAACACAUCGUAAGCUAAACCAGUGCUGACGAAUAACCAACCCGCAAUGAAUAGGGAAGGUAUAGUAAUGCUAUGAAUGACCCAGUAGCGAAUACUGGUAAUAAUAUCAGCAAAAGAACGUUCUCCUGUGCUUCCAGACAUGCUGAGCUCCACAUAUUCUUGUACAGUCAAAAGGGGAUCGAUUCCGUAAAAGAUUGGAUCAGUAAAUGGAAAUUCACUGAAAAAAAUCUUUGUGAGAUCGUCAAUAUUGUACCGAGGGCGUCUUUAGAGUAUACCGAAUCAGUAUAGCUAUCCUUCUUCUGACACAGCAACGCACUUUCAAUGAGUAUUGGAAGGAGGUGCUAAAUAAUUUCUUUCUUCCGUUACUUGUUGUUUAUCGAUGUAAAAUAAUGUCCCAUUCAAUAGAAAAUUAUUGAAUUGAAAAUAAUCUAUUUCUCACCAUUAUGAGUUUAGGGCUAGAAACUGAGGAUCAGGUAAAAUAUGAAUCUGAUAAGGUAGUUUCUAAUAAUUCAUGAAAUUGAUUAGAAUAUUCCCACAAUUGUAAGUAGAUGUGAGAUCUAUAAAUCUUUGUUAUUCAUAGUUGUAGAAGCGGUUUUUGUUGGAAUCUUUUUUUUUUUUCUUUUAAGGAAUUGGUUAAUCGUCCAGUAACAAGUAAGAAUAGCAAAUUUUAUUCGAUAAACGAAAAAGAACAAAGAAUGAAAUAAUUGGAAUCACUAAUAGUGCAUGCAUUGUUGUAUUAGAUCAAAAUCGGAAGGUUCUUUCUUGACCUAACUACAAAAAUGCAGAUUUUUGGAAAGAUACAAAAUAGAACUUCUAAAGCAAAAUAGAAUAGAAAUGACUAGUCUUAGAAUAUAGUUGAACCAAAACACCUAUUUUUUUUUCGAGUGAUCAUGUGAUAACUUUUUGUUCUCAUUCAUUCAAGAUAUUAUAUAAGUGAACCUAUUACGGAAUCUAAUUAGUUAAAAUCAAAGUAUAAGAUUACUGUUCGCUCUAAAAUAUAAAAUUUAUUCGAUACAAAAAAAAAAAAAAAAAGAAAUGAUAAAAAGAGGAAUAAUUUAAUAAUUUCAUUCCAUAAUGAUUCGAAAAGACUUUCAUUUUAAAACGAAAUUAAAUGACCCAGUUCUUAUUAUUCGUUUCUAAGUUGAGUUGAAAAAUUAUCCAAGAAUGAAUUCGCUGAUUGGCGGUAUGGGUAGAUGUUACAGAUGAUUAAUCCAUUUUUUUUUAUACAGUUGUGACUUUCUCCUUGUUAGUGCUGUCUAUAAUGAUAGAUCAAUCAAAACCUUUCAAUUGGUAUUUUUUUUUAUCUCCUAUUUUGCAAAAAAGGAAACUCAGGUAAGUGCUUUUUUAUAAACAUAUGUAUAAAAAGAACAUAUUUCAUUUAGCUCCUUCAUGCUUACCAUAACUAGUUAUUUCGGUUUUCUACUGACGGCUUUAACUAUAACCUCAGCUCUAUUUAUUGGUCUGAGCAAGAUACGACUGAUUUGAAAUUCAUUGCACAAUUCAUAAAAGGAAAUCUUUCCGCGAACUUCUGUGUAUUUAUAGUUACUUACCGUGUCCAUUGCCAAUUCUUGGUCAUUGAGAUUCAUGGUAAUUCAGAUUAAUAUUUAGGUAUAGAUAUUACCUCUUUUUUCUCCUUUCAAACAAAUUGAAA